AUGCCGUCNAAGCUUUGUGCAGGAGGUGGCGAAGAGGGGAAGAGAAAUGUCGUCGGGGGUGGCGGAAAGGAGAAGAGAAACGCAGCCGGAGGUAGAGAUUUAAAGAAGAUUUGCGCAAGAGGUGGCAGAGAAGGGAAAAGAAACGCCGUUAGAGGUGGAGAUUUAAAGAACCUUUGCGUAGGAGGUGGCGGAGAGAGGAAGAGAAAUGCCGCAUGGGGUGGCGGAGAGGGGAAGAGAAAUGCCGCCAAGUCUUCACAUCACUCCAUUGGCUGCGGCGGAGGGGGCGGAGAGGGGAAGAGAAACGCCGCCGGGGGUGGCGGAGAGGGGAAGAGAAAUGCCGCUGGAGGUGGUGAUUUAAAGAAGUUUCGCAUAGGUGGUGGCGGAGAGGGGAAGAGAAAUGCUGCCGGAAGUGGAGAUUUAAAGAAGUUUUGCGUAGGAGGUGGCGGAGAGGGGAAAAGAAACGCCGCCGGGGGUGGCGGAGAGGAGAAGAGAAAUGCCGCCGGAGGUGGUGAUUUAAAGAAGUUUCGCUCUUCACAUCACUCCAUUGGUAGCGGCGGAGGUGGCAGAGAGGAAAAGAAAAAUGCUGCCGGGGGUGGAGAUUUAAAGAAGCUUUGUGUAGGAGGUGGCGAAGAGGGGAAGAGAAAUGCCGUCGGGGGUGGCGGAAAGGAGAAGAGAAACGCAGCCGGAGGUGGAGAUUUAAAGAAGAUUUGCGCAAGAGGUGGCAGAGAAGGGAAAAGAAACGCCGUCAGAGGUGGAGAUUUAAAGAACCUUUGCGUAGGAGGUGGCGGAGAGAGGAAGAGAAAUGCCGCAUGGGGUGGCGGAGAGGGGAAGAGAAAUGGCGCCAAGGUAGAGAUUUAA